UCCCCUGUGUACUGUGGAUCAAAGUGAGUAUUGAUCGUUUAUUUGAUAUUUUCUUGGAAACCCUGAGUUAAAACCCUUAAGUAAAGCCAAGUCAGGCAUUAACCAGACGUUAGAUCGCUAGCUACCUAGCCAAAGUGCUAGCCAGUACCCGAAUGCUUUAGCAGGGCUUUGGUUGGUCACCUGCCAGUCUAAGCGAGGAACGGUAUCAUAACUAAACCAGCGCAUAUCACCCACCCCCACCCCUGCGUGUGCAGCCUACAUUAAUAAUCUUGUUGAUUAGCCAUAGGAAUCUGUGCAAAGUCAGAGAGUUUGUAGCUACUGGAGCUAACCUGUGUUUUAACUGAAGUCAUAUUUUUUUUCACUUUAGAGUAAUGCAACAGCAUGGCUUCCGAUAAAGAACCAAAUAAACAAGGCAGAAGGACUCAGCAAAGAUCUCCCCAAGUUGCUGAGGCGGCCACAGAGGCUGUCCAGAAUAUUCUGUCAGUUUUGAACCAGUCAUUGGGCAACAGCAGAACAGAUAACAGUCAGGGACAGAACUCAAGGCAGCCGCAGAGCAUGGAUGAAGAAAUGGCCAGGUCUUUUCCUGGACUGUUUAGGCGGGGGACAAAGCGAAAUUCACCAUGCAUGUACAGGCCAACAAAGAUUGCCAAACACUGGAGCUCAUUCAACUUUACAGUUUUUCUUCUGUGCAAAAAUUGUGACACAACUCCUUCACCUGUUCAAGACUUGCAGCACAUGCAGGCAGGUCUGGGAAAAAGAACUCUUUCAAUGCCAAAAGACUUUACUCAUGCAGAGGUCUCCAGCUUGUUUCAGAGUACAUAUCCAAAGAUGAAAACAAUCAGUGGUGGAUGGCUUUUGUACAAAGCAGCUGGAGGAAAUGGACGGCGCCAUUUAUCUGUUGUUCCUCCAGAAUCAGAGGGAUACACUGGAAGUACAAUAAGAAGUGCAUCUGCAGGGGGGAAAACCAUGCUGUACAUUGUUCCUUUACAGGAAGAAUUUGAUCUGACACCUCUACCUCACGAUGCACAAGAAUUUGGCCUCAUGCCAAAGGCUGAAUGCAAGACUUGCCUUAAAAUCAUGCCUUUGCAGCUUCUUGCCCUACAUGUAAAACAGUGCAGUGCCCCAGACACAGUUUCUGAUUCAGAACUAGAUUCGGAACCAGAGGUAAGUAAAUGCAAAUUAUAUGUGUAAUUACUUUUAGGGAUUUUAGAUGUCAAGCAACCUUAUAAAUAAUACACUUUG